AUUUAAGUUCAAGUGGUGUUGAUAUAUAUACAGCUAUUGCAGGUGCCGCUGGUGCACUUUAUGGUCCUAAACAUGGUGGUGCUAAUGAAGCUGUAUUAAGAAUGUUAGAAGAAAUUGGAGAUCUUAAAAAUAUUCCAUAAUUUAUUAAAGAUGUUAAAGAUAGAAAAAAAUUAUUAAUGGGUUUUGGACAUAGAGUUUAUAAAAAUUAUGAUCCAAGAGCUAAAAUUGUUAAAUAAAUUGCUUAUUAAGUCUUUGAAAUUACUGGAAAAGAACCAUUAAUUGAAAUUGCUAUUGAAUUAGAAAAAAUUGCAUUAUCAGAUCCCUAUUUUAUUUAAAGAAAAUUAUAUCCAAAUGUUGAUUUCUAUAGUGGAGUUAUCUAUAGAGCUUUAGGAUUCCCAACUGAUAUGUUCCCUGUUUUAUUCACUAUUCCAAGAGUUGCUGGAUGGUUAGCACACUGGAAAGAAUAUUUAAAUGAUAAAGAAAAUAAUAUUGUUAGACCUAGAUAAAAUUAUAUAGGACCUGAAAAAAGAAAUUAUCUCCCUGUCGAAUAGAGAAAAGAAGUAUUUUAUUUAAUAUUUAUUUUAUUAGUUUCCUAUUUAUUUAGAAUCUAAUAAAAGUAGUAGAUAAAAAAGAAGAGAAACAGCUACAAUAUCUUGA